AAACAAUCAUAAAAAUCAUAAACUUGUGAGGCCUUACCGAGGAAUCUUAGUGCGUGCGGCGCAGAAGAAAAACAUUGUGUGCGAAUUUGUGAAAAAUGGUAAUUUGGAGUAGAAAAUGACGAUCCUGAAGAGUUUAUUGCGAAGAUCCUUCCUCCAGCCACCUUUUGCUCUCCAUCUCAGAUACUGUCACACGGUAGAUGAGGUUCGGGUGAGAUUUGCUCCAAGUCCGACAGGAUUCCUUCACUUGGGUGGUCUUCGAACAGCCCUGUAUAAUUAUCUCUUCGCCAAGGCGGGUAAGGGGAAGUUUAUCGUGAGGAUUGAAGAUACUGAUCAAACUCGCAUUGUCGAGGGUGCAACUGAGAGACUGCUGAAGGAUCUGGAAUGGGCGGGGUUAAAUCCAGACGAGAGCCCUUUAACUGACUCUCCGCAUGGGCCAUAUGUCCAGAGUGAAAGACUCGAUAUUUAUCAUCGGGAAGUGAAGAAGCUGCUGGACAAUGGUAGUGCGUACUACUGUUUCUGCUCUGAAAGGCGCCUGGAGUUGCUCCGGAAGGAGGCUCUGCGGGUGCGUCAGGUGCCCAAGUAUGACAAUCGAUGUCGUCAUCUCACUCCAGGUCAGAUUGCAGAGAAACUAGCGGCGAAGGAUACUUUCUGUAUCCGGUUCAAACUGAAAGAGUUCCAUGAGGCUUUCCGGGACCUCGUUUAUGGAGAUUUAUCGUACAAUGUGGCACUGAAUGAGGGUGAUCCUGUGAUUGUCAAGUCCGAUGGCUUUCCCACGUACCAUUUUGCCAAUGUCGUGGAUGAUCAUCUUAUGGAAAUUACUCAUGUCCUGCGAGGAGUUGAGUGGCAGGUUUCGACAACUAAGCAUCUUCUGCUUUACAGAGCUUUUGGCUGGACACCGCCAACCUUUGCUCAUCUUCCUCUCAUCAUGAAUGCCGACGGAUCGAAGCUGAGCAAGCGUCAGGGAGACAUUCAGAUGGACUACUACCGGAAGAAAGGAAUUCUGCCUACAGCUCUUGUGAAUUAUAUCAUCCAGGCUGGAGGAGGAUUCACGAUUGAUCCCUCGGAACGACUCAAUAUCUACCCACUUGAGGAACUUGUGCAGAAAUUUGAUAUUUCUCGUGUGAAUUCUCACUCCUCCCGAUUGAAUCCUGAUCACUUGGGAGAGCUCAAUCGUUUGGAAAUCCAAAGAACCAUCGCUGAUCCUGGAAAAUGUGAUGAACUAGUGAGAAACCUUCGACAAAUGAUACAGCAGACCUAUCCCAAUCACAAUCUUGAUCUCAGUGAUGAACACAUCAAAACAGUGAUCCAAUGGGCAUCUAAUCGAAUGACGAGCCUUGUGGAACUCGUGGAGGGAAAACUAGCCUUCCUCUGGAUCAUCCCUAAAUUGCAGAAAGCCGAAUUAACCCCAGAAAUUCUAGAUGAAUUAGUAACUAAGCUGGAAAGUGAGAAUUUCACCAAGGAUAACCUCCAAAGUCUACUGAAGGACUUCUCCACGAAGAACAACCUGACAUUCAGCAACUUCAUGCGAUCCCUGAGAACCAUGUUAAGUGGCUUGAAGGAUGGUCCUAGUGUAGCUGAAAUGAUGGAGAUUCUGGGCAAAAAGAGCACGAUCCAGCGCAUUUUGGUGUUACGAAAGAAAUCCUAAUUAAAAACAAUAUUUACUACGGCUACUGUUGUAUUUUAUUUUAGAGACAUUACACGAGAUAAAUUGAA